GCCAGACGGAGCCACCGUGUCCCGCGCAGGCGCAUUGUCAAAAUCUAUAUUAAAAUGGAGGAAAAGAGUCAAGUCGUGGAACGAGAGGCUAAGAAGGAUGAAAUUCAUGAAAAAGAUGGGAAAUCCAAAAGUUCAAAGAAGGGACAUCGCAAGAAGAAGAACGAAAUGGCGCAUGCCGCCAGUGAAAACCACAACCAUACCGGUCAUAGGUAUGAGUAUGACAUGUAUACCACCUGUAAUCCUUCGAUGCACGAUUUACAAAUGGCUAUGGAAGCAUUCAAUCUACAACAAAAACCUGCUAAGACUCAGGAAGAAGCUAUGCAGAAACCUUAUCAAUUCUGGAGUACACAACCAGUGCCAAAAAUGGACGAAAAAAUUGUGAAAAAUGAACCUAUCGAACCUGAUAAAACAGCCAUAAGGCCAGAACCGUACUCAUUGCCAGCAGACUUUCAAUGGGAUACAUUGAAUCUUGAUGAUCCUUUAGUUUUAUCUGAAUUAUAUACUUUGUUGGCUGAAAAUUAUGUGGAAGACGAUGACGCUAUGUUUAGAUUUGAUUAUCCACCAAAAUUUUUGAAGUGGGCACUACAACCACCUGGAUGGUGUAAGGAAUGGCACUGCGGUGUACGAGUAACUAAAAGCGGACGUCUAGUCGGUUUUAUUUCCGCUAUACCAGCUACACUUCGCGUAUAUGAUCAUACUCAGAAAAUGGUGGAGAUAAAUUUCUUAUGUGUGCACAAGAAGUUAAGAUCAAAACGAGUUGCUCCAGUUUUAAUUCGUGAAAUAACUAGGAGAGUUAAUUUACAAGGUAUCUUUCAAGCUGUGUAUACUGCUGGCGUUGUAUUGCCAAAACCAAUAGCAACUUGCAGGUAUUGGCAUCGCUCUCUUAACCCAAAGAAACUAAUCGAAAUAAAGUUCUCUCAUUUAUCUCGUAAUAUGACUAUGCAGAGAACUUUAAAACUUUACAAGUUACCAGAAAAUACAAAAGUACCAGGAUUUAGGAAACUGGUACCAGCAGACAUACCACAAGCUCACAAAAUAUUAACCGAAUAUUUGGAAAAAUUCGACUUGGCUCCACUCUUUUCAAUCGAUGAAUUCCAACAUUGGUUCCUUCCACAAAACGGAAUAAUCGAUAGUUUUGUAGUGGAAAACAAUGGUAUAAUUACUGACAUGGUUAGUUAUUAUACAUUGCCAAGUUCAAUAAUGCAUCAUCUGACACACAAAACGCUUAAAGCUGCAUACAGUUUCUACAAUGUAUCCACUACAACUCCUUGGCUCGAACUUAUGACUGAUGCUUUGAUAUCAGCGCGUAAUCUCGGUUUCGAUGUGUUCAAUGCGUUGGACCUAAUGGACAACAAAGAAUUUCUAGAACCUUUAAAAUUUGGUAUUGGUGAUGGAAAUCUACAGUAUUACUUGUACAACUGGCGUUGUCCUAGCAUGACACCCGGGAAAAUUGGUUUGGUGCUACAGUAGAACUCUAGGUCAACGAAUCGUUGUCUAGAAAAUAAAUUUUUCGCACGUACAAGCUUACCAAGAGAAUAAGUGGUAUAAAAGGGGAAUGGACGUUACAAAACUAAUAGAAAGGAAGAAAAGCGACGUUGAAAUGACAGCGAGCACGACCUCGAUUCCUACCGAUGAGCGUCCAAAGCGCGUCCAACAUUCGAAAGGAAUCGAUAAUUGUUGAAUUAGACAGGGUGGAUCUCUCGGUUCCACGGAUGUCAUCCUCGUAUCCGCCUUCAUUCAUGAUCGUGACAUUAGGUCAAGGUCAAGAUCGGAAUACGCUUGUGCAGCGCGUGUGUAUAUAAGUAUGUGCGUGACUCGAGCAAUGUAGAUAAAUAUCGUACAUUAGUAAUUUGCAGAAGCCUCGCGGCAAAAGAAUUCUCUUGGAGUACAUCAGCCGCGCAGGCAUUUACAAUUUUCAAUAAAAGCUCCUGGACGCUAUUUUCUGUAACCCGAAAACGGGUUAU